UUCUCUUUGUCCGUUUAAUUGAACCUUUAAAAAAACAUAAUUAGCAUUUAAAUCUCUUUCCUACAGUCUUUUGCCCUCCCCUACAUGGUUUUCUCUCCCGUCUCUUACUCCAGCAGACUCUACAUGCCUCAGUCACUACGGCAACCAAUGCUUUUUUUUCCCUUCUUUCCCCCACUCUUGCUUUCUGUAUCUCCCGCCUUUCCCUCUGUCUCCCUCUCUCAUUCCCUCCUUUCACUGCCAGAGAUGAUCGGAGAAGAAGAGUCUCAGUGAACAGAGCAAAGCGAUGGAGAGAUGCUCCAUCUCUCCUGUCACACGACUCACUGCCCUCAUCUCUCUCCUCCUGGUUGCUCUGGUGACACAGCCCUCCACCUGUAACCGUGACGACAGUGAGGUUGAGGAGCAGGUGGACACUCUGUCAGUCCAGCUGUCCGUGACAGCCCAGGUCACUACCACCCUGCCGUGGGCGGUGGUGUGGGGUCCCACUCAGCCUCUGGAGGAUGAAACAAACCACUUCCUCCCCAGCCAGGAAACCGACUACCUUCACCUGCAUGGGAGCCAGCAGGAGGUCAGCACCGCCACACCUGAGGACUGGAUUUACCCUGAUUUAGGCAUGCAGCCCCAAGAGAAGGCACCACUGGAGUCUAGGGACCACGAGGAAGUGGAGAAUGGAGGGACAGAGGCGGAGGAGACAGAGCCUGAGGAAGUGGACCCUCAGUUCUACGUCACCGUGACCAUCUCAUCGCUACUCAUCCUGACAGCUGUUGUUGUAACAGCCAAACUCUGUUACGAUCGCAGCUGUUCCCAGCAUCCGCCCCCGCUUUCCCGUGGCGUGGCCCCUCCUCUCUCCCUCGCGCUCCCUCGAUCCCUAGCUCCAGAGGACAGAAGGCAGACGCUGCACAGCACCUCCUCCUCCCUCACCGACAGAGAGAGGAUCCCAGUUGUGAACCUGUGAAGCGACUGCUUUUCCGAGCACAUAACACUUCUACUGGGCCCGAGGAGGAACGUCAAUAACACCAGAGGGUGUGCCUGCAGCUCCUCUUUAGUUUUUUCCUCUCAAACUGUGAAAGAAUUUCAGGGAUCCCGAGCGUCCAGCCAUCGGAAAAAAAACAAAAACAAAAACUUUGCGGCUUCCCUGACAUCUGAAAAAUCCAAAACUUGUCUCUCUGCUGCUCACCUUUGAGACCCUUCCUCCCACAGGAGUAAAUUUCUUUCAAAUUCAUCACUGUGACCCCCUUUCUAGUUGUCCUCCCUCUGUAAGGCCUCCAGCACCGCCGUUAGGUCUGUGCUGCGACCUGCCAUGACUAAUUUACAAAAAAGUAGUUAAACAGCCAUGUAAAAUCCCAUUACCCCCGAGAUGCCACACCUGUGCUUCCACAAGUAGCAAGAUAGUAGCUCAGUAAUAACACUACUUCAGUAUUUUCUUUUUUUUUUAUGAAAAAAAAAAAUCCACAUUUCAAACAAACACUUCAGGAGGCUGGCAUUUGGCUUGUAAAUGGUUAAAAAGCCACUUUAGGCGUCCCUGAGUACCAAACCCUGUAUUUUCAAAAAGCUGUUUGGCACGGCUGCAGCCAGCACACAAUGUGUUUAACAUGUCACGCUCCAAAAAACGCUGUUUAUUCCCGCUUUGGGCGCCUGAAAUGCAAAUGGUGUGGCUCCUUUCCCCUGCAGAUGUACAGGAGUCCGCUUUGUUUCCGCUUUGUCUCAUGAUUUGUUCUCUUAAUUAUGUGGUUGGCAUUCGCCCCCCUUUGUCAAACCUUCUCUAAGAAUGCCUUGUUCCUGCCGGACCGCUUAGAGGUGUGUUAAACGUGGAGCCCUUCUAGCAGUGGAGAUAAAAUAUUCAGAGCAUGGAUGUCUAAAGCAACCUCUCUCUGCUCAAAAUCAAUUUCUCCCUUAGGUGUGGAUGGUACGUAACAAAAGACAGAUUAAUGUUGUCAUGGAAAUGAGAAUCACUAGAAAACCCACAUGUGAUCAAGGCACUGAUGUUGCAACAUGUUUUUUUUUUUUUUUUAUAAAAACCACAGGUUUGUGUCUAAAUCUGGGAAAAAGAAUCACCAUCAUUUUCUUUGGUCUUAAGGCACUAAAGGAAAAAAAUACAUCAAGAAGCAGCAUGUCUGUACAGCCAAUGAAUCUGCUGCAUGCACAAGAAAACCCAGAAGACUUGCUUCAAAUUGAUUAUUUAUAAAAAUGUUUUUUUUUUCCUGCCAGUAAAUGUGUUACAGAGCCUUUCAAACCAAAUAACAGCUUGUUUUUGGCAACUUUGAAGACGUGAACCCCCUUCAGUUUCACACAUUUCCUCUGGAGAUUUGCUGGUGGUAUCAUGGUAGCCCGUGCAAUUCCUUUAGAUAUCCCGUCUUGUGACUUAUAGUAGCAUUUUAGUAGAAAUGUGGUCUUUCUGUGCCAUGGAACUUCAAUAAAAGACUCAACAUUGGCAUUUUA